CGCAAUGCUGAACAUCUACAGCUCAUUUCGUCCAUUGGAGCGCCUUCUCCAAUAUGUUGGAUUCGUACCGCUGUUGUGGUUUGAACAAGGCUUUCAGAAAAGAAGCAUUCCAAAAAUAAUGCUCAACUGCUCGAAUGUUAUUUUAAACAUAAUUGUGUGCGUCUUGAUCCCAAUCAUAUUUGAGCAGGACUAUCUAACCCGUUCUGUGCACGCAUCGUCCUCCAAUGUGUCACGAUUCCUGCUGACCAGUUUCACGAUAAAACUGAUUACGUACUGCCAGCCGUUAGCGUCGAUUUUGAUAGGGAACGUUCAGGCGGACUGCCUCAAGAAUAUACUUCAGGAUCUAGAUCAUUUUGACGUUCAGCUGAAAUGUGCAUGCAAAACUAGCGUCAAUUUUGGACACCAUCGAACACAGGCGUUCAACUUCAUCCGAUGCUACAUAUUGUUCUCGGGAUGUGUUCUUCAGAUGCAGUUUUACUUUUUAAGCAGAUUGAUUCUGACCAACUUGAGCUCUGUCCAAUACGUGUUGUACUUGAUUGCGAAUUGUACCCAAGUGUAUGUAACCGUUCAGUUCGUUUCAUCACGAUUUAAUUUGAGAAGCUGAACGAGAC